GAUAAACAUGCAAAGGAUCGUCUCAAAAAUCCGUGCUACCCAUUCACCGAUUACGCAGAGCUACAGUUGGCACGAUGGAUGAACGAGCGGAUGAACUCCACCAUGAUAGAUGAGUUUCUCAAAUUGGACUGGGUUCGCCGCCAUACGCCUUCCUUCCAUUCGUGCCACACACUGCGUUCGUGGAUCGAAGUCCAGCCGUCUGGUCCAGCCUGGCAAACAGCAACGAUCAAGGUCGAAGGUUAUCCACCUAUCGCUCGUUACGGUGAACCGAAGGUGAUCUUCCGUGACGCACUGGAGUGCGUGGAGUUCUUAUACGGGCAUCCGCUGUUCGGACCGUAUGUCAGCACGGGACCCGAGGUUGUGCAUACGCAAAUGGGCCAGCGCGUUAUCACUGACUUCAGUACAGCUACACUGGCUUGGAAUAUGCAGAGCAAGCUCCCGACUGGCGCAGAGGUAGUUGGCGUGCAUCUGGGCUCGGACAAACUGGCAGUUUCCAGUCACUCCGGAGACUACGAGAUGCACCCUCUCUUGCUGACCUUAGCGGGUCUCCCCGCCACGAUUCGCUCAAAACUUUCCAACGAUGCAUGGAUGUGCAUUGCGUACCUCCCAGUGCCGAAGUUCGCCGUACAUACAAGCUACCAGGGUAUCCUGGCUAACCGUGUCCUGCACGAAGCCAUGGACCUCGUGACAGCAAAACUCAAGACUGCCGCUCGUUUUGGGUAUCCAAUGGCUGAUGCAUACGGGAAUGUGCGCAUCGUUCAUCCCCCUGUCGUUGCUCUUUCAGGUGACCUUGUCGAACACCUUUCCAUGGCGGCGGUUGGCUCGUCCGUCUCCCCUGUUUCUCUUGCCACGUCUAGCCAGUUCGGUGACGGCAAAGUCUAUGCACGGCGCACGAAAGCCCAUACCCUGGACCUCAUCCACUCUGUCUCGAAGGUCGUCGAUCCCUGGAAGUUGCACGACUUCCAGCGAGAAUGCAAGAAGGUCGGAUUGAACGGCGUACACAUGCCGUGGUGGCGCGACUAUCUCUUCACCGACCCAUCCAUCUUCUGUGUUUCCGACCUCUUACACUCCAACUACAAAUUUUUCUUCGACCACCUCCUCCCGGCUUGCCAGAUCGCUGUCGGCGCCCAUGAACUGGAUCGUCGCUUCGCCGCACGACACAAGCGCAUUGGCUAUGCUGCCUUGCGACGAGUGUCUGAGGUGAAGCAGAUGACUGGUCGAAUGCAUCGGGAGAUCAUGCGCACGACCAUUGUCGCCAUCGAAGGUGCCGUUUCACCCGGGUUCAUGCGCGCUAUGCGUGCGAUCCUCGACUUCCUCCUUGCUGCACAGAGUCCUCGUCAUACGCCUUCAUCGCUCGCUAAGAUGACAACAGACCUACGUACCUUCCACGAGCAUAAGAAGGCGAUUAUGGCGGCUGGUGGGCGUGGUUCACUGACGCACUGGCGAAUCCCCAAACUCGAAAUCUUAUCUAACUAUGUUCCGGUCAUCCUUUCCCAUGGAGCCCUUCCGCAGUGGAGCUGCGACUCCGUCGAACGCCUGCUCCGUACUGAAGCCAAGAAGCCGUUCACGAUGUUUACGAAUCAUCGGCGUGCCGACUUCGGUGAGCAGUGCGCGCGUCAUCUGGAUCGCGUCGAGAAGAUGCGGAACCUCGAGCUCUACGCGCUCUUCAAGAUUCACGGCGCGGACAUCAGUAGCGUUCUCCAAUCUCGCAACGAGAUGAGCGAUGUUGAGCUGGAGGAUGCAGCCACGCGUGGUCUCGCACGCACUCUCUUGGAGCAAGCGUUGCCAGGAACUGGCGCCGAGCGCUGUAUCCGCACGUCGAGGACAACGCGCAAUCUGUUCGCUACGGGGUCCCACAGUGCGACCGGAUCCAACGUUGCAUUUCACCUCAACAAACAGCCAAGUGCGACAUACGCUAUCGACAAAGUGGCAGAUGUAUACAAAAUCGCUGACUUCCGCGCUGCUCUCGCUGACUACGUGCAAGGCCUCGAUCUCGACGCCCGGCAAGGGAUGCCUCACCUAGGGUCGAGUUACUAUCAGGACAUCGGGCUUGAUCACUUGUGCGUCUGGGAGACCUACCGGAUCCAAGUGCUCUCCGCGUACAAUGACGCCGUGCGCAUGGAUCCUGAGACGCUUCGGGCAAUUCCACCGAGUGCGAAGUACCCUUUCGGGAUGUGCGAUCCGGUCAUCGUCGACAUGGUCCAUGUUCUAGGUUCUCUGAUCGCCCAAGUGCGAGUUGUCUUCGAGCUAAUCCCUCGCAAAGGCCAUGUCCUCCCGAACGCUUGCGUGUACCACUAUGCUAUAUCCAAGACUUCGAGUUCGCUGACGUCGAUGAGCGUGGAUACCCCGAGAAGACCGCGGACAUCCUCAUGUACAGGCUCCAGCGAAGGUGCUACCUCGAUGCCAGGGGUACAGUUCAGCGUGGAGGUGAGGUUGUUCCACUGACCGGCAUAGUACGACCUGUCGACCUCUCGCCUGUGCACGCCGCGCGUGUGAUGGAUCACUCACUUGACGAAUCGUCUGUGCUCGAGCUACCUGGUUAUUUCUGGUUGAAUGAUAUGUGGGAUGUGGAGGUUUACGAGACACUCGCCACGGCCUAGCA